AAUACGUUAGAUAAUUGUUUCACACGUCAGCUACAUUGUCCAUUGAUUUGCAUGCGACCUGCUUGUGAAAAUUAACUUUGGAAACAUGGACCGCACCACAGUUGUAUUGCCUUGCGAAAAAAGUGGGCGAUCAAACAACGUCCAAAGCUUUGUGCACAGACCUGACCACACAGAAAAUGUCAUCAAAGGUCCCGGCAGUGGUCCAUAUACUCCUAGAAACAAACUGGUCAGACAGCAGCCUCAAGAUCAUGAGCAGAUUGAAGAGAAGCUUUGGCACUCGGACUCUGGACAUGGUCCGUGUCUCGCUUUAGGAGAGAGCCAAGAUAAAGAGCAAGCAUCACGUGCAGUACAUAGAUCUCUUUCCCUCCCCGCUUCUAAAACGCAAAGUGGUGAAAUGCCUGGGAAACUCAUCCACUCAGAUUCUGGACAAGGUAAAUCGUUAGGAGAAAGUCAAGACGAGGACAGCACGAACCCUCUGGUAAGGAGGUCGAUUUCCCACCCUGGUCCAAACAACUCAUCCAAUAAGGCACACAGUGAUGGCAAACUCACCCGUUCUGAUUCUGGACGAGGUCAGUCUCUCACAUUAGAAGAGAGCCAAGAAGGAGAAAACCCAUGCUGUCCUGUCAACAGGUCAAAUUCUUAUUCGGGGAGUGUAUCGAAUCGUUACCCUGGGGAAGGUUCAUCACUGGCGGUAACAUCUCCCCACCAUUCGUUUAGAAGACACUCAUCCAAUAGAACUGAAAACAUUGAUUCUGGAAUAGAGAAAGAUCCCCCCAUUAACAAAUCACACUUUCCAUUUGGCUCAGAAAAUUUAUCGCACACAGAUCAAGUUUUAAGCGAACAAUGUUCAGCAGAAAGUCCACUGAUCGUUGAUGAAACACCAAUGGCCAAGGGAAUUCAUGACCAAGUGAAACAGAACUUUGAAGGUCGGGUUUGUUCUGGCAGCACUGACCAAUGUUGUUUCGACACAAACGGCUGUUUAAGCUUCAGCACUUUCGGGUCAUGUGACCUGUCGUUUCACAUGAAAGACGACGAGACGAGUAUACCAGCAGCUGCUUAUUCGCAUGUCACAUCAUACCAUCAAAGCGUGCCAAGCCGUCCUAUGGUGUCCAGGGGCACCUUUGACCAGGUGUCCAGAGAGCUCUCCAGAACCAGGGAUGAUAAAGAUAGGCUCAUUAGAGAUAUUGAAGCUCUUGAAAAGGUAAAUCAGUUGUGUUCUAUCUUUGUUCUACACACAAGUUAAUGGUAUCAAAGAGUAAUUGUGUUCUAUUUUUGUUCUUCACAUAAGUAAAUGGUAUCAAAGAGUAAUUGUGUUCUUUGUUCUUCACACAAGUUAGUUAAUGGUAUCAAACAGUAAUUUUGUUCUAUCUUUGUUCUUCACAUAAGUUAAUGGUAUCAAAGAGUAAUUUUAUUCUCUCUUUGUUCUUCACACGAGUUAAUGGUAUUAAAAUGGUAUUGUGUUCUACCCUUGUUCUUCAUUUAAUUAAAUAGUAUCAAAGAUUAAUUGUCUUUAUUGAUAUAAGUAUUUUAAAAAUCAAAAACUAGUUUUUAAUUCUAUGAAUUUCAGGAGAACAAUUUUAGGGCAGCUACUUAACCUCAUUUGGUUGUGUUGUAUUAAUAAUAAGUUAUUUUAUUAUUUUUUUAAAAUGUGUUUUUCAGACUCUCGAAAUCCUAAAACGGGAAUUACACGAAUCAAAAAGAAAAUUUGAUUCAUUAGUGAGUAAAAAUUUAUUUUCUAUCUAUACUUUUCCGUUGAACUUAUCCUAUACACUAGUGGUAUGACGAUACAAUGCUUCCCUGAGAACUCCUUUGUAAAACUGCAUUUGACUUAAAUGUCUUCUCAUGGUUUUGUAUCUGUAAUUUUUUUAAACCCAGGGUAGCAUUAAAUUUGAGACCAGUUUAUUUGUAAUACAUUUUUAUUAAGGCUCAGGAAAUAUGGAAUUGGAUUUGGAAUGGAAUGCAACCAUUUGGCUUUGUGCUCCAAAUCAGAUAUCUCAACAAGUUCAUUUAACCACCUUUUUGUUUGUUUAUUUUUUAAAAGUUGUAUCCCCCCCAAAAGAAUUUUAUACCCCACUUUUGAAUUUUUUAAAAACAAAACAUGUUAAUUUUUGAAUGGGCGCAUCUGUUGUUGCUAUUGAUUUAUGAAAUGAACUUUGAUCUAGGCCUUUUGAAAAUAUGAUUUUUUAAAUUUAAAACAAUGCAUUAUACAUUAAAGACAACUGCAUAGAACAAAUGCUAAUCAAAUUUUCUGUUAAGUAGAAUAUUAGGUCAGUCCAUUUGCACAUUACAUUUUUUCUCUUUCAUCAUUAAUCUUUGUUGUAAUUAUUGAAUUAACAUUAAUUUCCAUUUUUUCCAGGUAAAGUCAGAGGAUAAACGCAAAAGAGAACUGAGUCAAGAGAUUUUUACUUUAAGAACAAAGGUAGACUAAAUUUUUUUAGAACAUGACAUGAAAUCUUAAAUUGGUUUAGGCGUAAUGAACACACAAUCAAUAUUAUUGAUAAAUUAGAAUUUCUAAUUGAAACCUGCCUUACCAAAGAGCAAAACAUGUAGCCUUAAGUUCAUCUCUCUUAAAGAAAUCAUCGGAAUGUUGUUGGAACCCUAUUUUAAAUGAAAGAAACAAUAACAGUCAUUUUUUGCUGUUAAAACAGUUUUUUUAUUAAAAUCAUCACCGAAAUCAAACUUCUUUUCUAAAUGCAUGGUCUAACAAUUAUUGAAACUGUAAUUUUAAAAUAUAUUUUCCAUUAUAAAUCCCUUUUGAUCUCUUAAAGAACAUUUUGUAACUAAUAACUUAAAAAAUAGAGUGUUUCUCUUGGAAUUAACAAAAUAAUGUGUUCCACAUUGAAUAUUUUCUUGUUUAUAUCAGGGCCUGCAUAUGCAUCACUUAAAAAACUAUUGCAAGCAUUUUUUAAAAACUAAACCAACAAAUCACCCCCCAAAACACUUGAUGCAGGCUACUUUAUAAUUUUCUCUCCAUAGCUUCAACAGGAGACUGACACCAGCUAUCAACUCAGUAUGAAAAUUGCAGAGCUGAAUAGCUUAUUGGAUGACAAGAACAAACACAUUGAACACAUUGAACAAAAAGUAUGUCAUAAAACAUUUUAUAACAACAACUUAAAAAACCAUACAUUUCUUUCCAUAAUAGUUAACAAAAUAAUGUACUCACCUGAUUCAAGUCUUUGUUUAAUAUGUGCUAUGGUAAUUUAUGGAUAGUUUAACUGUUACAGAAGUGAAAAUAUUCUUAUGAUUAGCAAGUAAUUACACAAAACAUGAAUCCCUUGUUAAUCUAAAUAAUACAAUAUCUAAAUUUGAAUAGUUUAGGAAAAUAACAAAGAUAUAGAAUUGCAGGUCUGUUUGAGUUUAGUAAUUAAGACUUUGAAAGUCUAAUUGGAAAAUGACAAUUUUUUGUUUUCUUUCAGAAUAAUGAUUUAAAAAUGAGAAAUGACUUUUUGGUAAGACAUUUUCAUUUUUUCCUUUAAAAUUUUUUUAAAAUUGUGCCAUACAAACUGAAAUAGGUGAUAAAAUUGACAAAUUUUCCACUAAGUUUUGGGGUUUUGUUUUUAAAAGUGUCUCUUGAAAUUUGAAAUCAUUAGUACAGGAAUAAAUGUGUUUCUUUGGAGACCUUAACAUCAAGCAAAAUUAAUUCAUUUUACACAUAAUAGACUCAAACAAUAAAGCAUAACAACAAGUAUUGGUUAAGGUUGUAAUAAUUUUUAAAAUAUUAUCUUUUAAUGAAUUUUUUUUUUCAUCAAAUAGGAGGAGAGGCUGGAAGAGUUAUGGAAAGUAAGUUAAAAUAUUUAAUAUGUGAUAUGUGAUAUAGCUGUACUCCUCUAAGAUAAUAUUUAUAUUAAAAAUUAAAUGAACUUUAAUUGUUAAGGUCUACUGGUGUCAUUCAUGUCUGCUAUAAGAGGGUGAUGAGACUUGUAGUGUUAGAAAUAUGUCAGUUAUUUUUUUUUCAUAAAGUCUGCUCUGGAAUGUUAAUUUAACUUCCAUGGUUCAAAAUGUUUUGUUUUUUUUUUUAAUAUUUUUAAAUAUAAACAUUAAGAACUCUUUACUGCCUUACCAAAAUGGAUCAAGUUAUGUUUGCACUUACUAGUCUAGCACAAAUUGAGUGCAGUGGUUAAUACCGUGUGCCCCUUAUUCAUACCUAGCCCGGAAAGUUUAAAGAAAUUUAAUUUUCUUUUUCAGAAAGAAGGAGAACGUCAGAAUAGGGAUGCCCACCGGGUAGAUGUAGGUGGUUUUUUGGUUCGAUCAACAUUUCAAACCGAGUCAUCAUCUGAGGAUGAUACCAUUCCAAAAGUACCUAUUCCAAGUCAAAACUGUGAAAAUUUAAAUAUCCAUUUCCGGCAAAAAGAAAUGAAGUAGUGCUUUAAAAGUUUUUGUGAAAUACAAAACUAUAGAACUAUUACUGGUAUUACUUAAAAUUUUUAUUUUUUUUUUUGUAUGAAAAGGGAAGUAACUUGUCAAAUGAUUUGUUUUGACAUUGGAUGCAUAUUAAAUUUGAUUAAAUAAUUUAAAUAUUUCCAGCUAUUCACUGUUAUUCAAUAAUAUUUUACUUUUAGUUCAUGUAUAAUCAUGGCAAAUUUUACAAAUAGUGAAUAAUUAUAUAUGCCUCCACAAUUUCCCGACAGUGCAGC